AUGGAUCCAAUAACUCCUGGUGAGUCUAGGGCUUAUAUUAGCACAAGAGAAAUCUUCUGUUCCCCAACUCCAAACCCUCGAAAUCAAGCUCUUCCUCCCUCACUAAUCCUCUACUUCAACGUUAUACGAAAGGUCUUCGAAGGUGGCAGAACCCCCAUAAUCGAUCUAGAAUACAAUCACCGAUAUCAAUACCCGUUACACCUCUUAAAUUCACAAUCACUGCGCCCAUUCGUUUCGAUUAAGAUAUUUAUGCGCAACCUUCGUUACCUUUCAAUGGAUAUGUACUGGAAAAUCGCGAGUUCCGAAGGAAACUAUACAUCAAUACCGAUGAGCGUGGAGGAAGUUUUGAACAAAUUUUGCAGUGUUCUGACCCGAGUGAUUGAAUCCGGGUCCGAUUCGGGUGAUCGGGCUAUUGAGAUCAACAUAGAGAACCAUGAACAUGCCCGACCCCUAACCCUACAUCACUGGUUCAUACCGGUGCAGCCCGAGAGUCCGGUUGGGGUGGGCGCGUCGUUGGAGGGUUUGGAGAAAGUUAAAAGCGACGACGUCGUUUCGUCGAGUGGUGAAAAGAUGACGUGUCCGAUUUGCUUUUGUAAUGUGUUGAGUGGGACUGAGCUGAGUCGGUUGCCUUGUUCUCACUUAUUUCACACUCAUUGUAUCCUUAAGUGGUUGGAGAAAAGACACACUUGCCCAAUGUGUCGUUUUGAAUUACCAACUCGGACUUAG